AAGAAACACCCGGGGAAUAACCCUAGAGACGGGCGGCGUAGGAUCUUAUAUCUAUUGGAAUUGGUUAUUAAUUUACAUAUGACGUUGUAAUUUAUUCAGUGUUUGUCUAGUUUCAAAUGGGUUAGAGAAGUUAUUUAAUGGUUGCUAAUUGUAACUAAACUAGAAUAAGCUUUGUUUGCUGUGAUUCUUGUAUUUCUGUUUACUAUUGUUUCAUUUCAGUUUGGUUUAAACGAUAAGAGCGGAACAACCCUAACCCCGUCGCCGCCCGCCGCCCGCCGCCCGCCGCCGUUCUCAGGCACUCCUGUCUGCCGGUAUCUCCUCUCUGAAAUGUCGUUUAGACACGUUGCAAGAUCCAGAGUCUUCAUUUCUCUGAUCUCCACUACACAACUCUACCACUCACCUGCCGCCGCGGCGAAACUCUCAUGUCCUUGUCCUCCCUUGGCGUCACCAUUUUUUCCGACCUUCCACUCCGGAAAUGGCCGCGGGUACCACGACGGGCGGCCCAGAGGCCCGCUGUGGAGAGGGAAGAAGAUGAUAGGAAAAGAGGCUCUUUUCGUGAUACAAGGCGUGAAGAGAUUCAAAGACGAAGAAGAGAAGCUGGACAAGUUCAUGAAAACUCACGUGCUUCGGCUUCUGAAAUUGGACAUGAUUGCGGUACUCAACGAGCUCGAACGGCAAGAGGAGGUCUCUCUCGCGGUAAAGAUCUUUAAGGUGAUUAGGGAGGAAAAGUGGUACACUCCAGAUGUUUAUCUGUACAAGGACUUGAUAAUCGCAUUGGCUAGACGAAAAAAGAUGCAAGAAGCGAUGGAGUUAUGGGAGAGCAUGAGGAAUGAAGAUCUGUUUCCAGAUUCACAGACAUAUACUGAAGUUAUUAGAGGGUUCUUGAGGGAUGGGUCUCCAGCAGAUGCGAUGAAUGUUUAUGAAGAUAUGAAGAAAUCUCCAUACCCACCAGAUCAGUUGCCUUUCAGGAUUUUGUUAAAGGGGCUUUUGCCACACCCUUUGCUCAGGAACAGGGUGAAACAAGACUUUGAGGAGAUCUUCCCCGAUCAGCGUGUUUAUGAUCCUCCAGAAGAGAUAUUUGGUUUAAGCUGAUCCAGGUAUAGAUGCAUGUAUGCAUCUUGAAUCCAGUGUUAGAUUUAAUAAACGAUUACAAUUUACAAACUUCACUCCAUCUAAUGAUAUUUGUAUGACUUUGAACUAGCUAAACAACCUCCCUAUUCUUCUAAUGUGUGUAAUUGCAAGAUGUAGAGAUGGUUUUGUAGCCUUAUAGCGGACUAACCAGAACAAGAAGUUUUCUUUGAAUGGCAGACAGGAAGCAGAAUGAGUAUGUUUUUCUUUUCUUUGAACAAAUGGCAGAUAUGAAUUUUAAUUUUUCCUUUCAAGAAAUUCAACCAAACUACCGAAACAGGCUCACAUACUCAAGAUGGUGUUUAAACAUACAACAGCGCAAUUAGUGUAUAAGCAUCAACCAGAGGGAGCUGUGGGAAGUGCUGAUGGGGCUGAGAUACAUCCCAACUUUUCAGCUCUUAGAAUGUGUGACACUCUUCUUGCACUGUUUUUUGCAUCCAGGAAAAAGAAAUCUCAAAUUAUUCAAACUUCAAAGGCAGUUUUGGUAGAUUAGGAGGCUUUCUUCCGGCCAUGAGAAGACUUCUGAUUCGUAGGAUGUAAUUGUAUAAUCUAUGAAUGUGAGAACUCGGUCGGACUGACUAAUGGGCAUUUGUAAGAAUCAAUAUUCAUAGGAUAU